GUAGCUAGAUAAUAGAUUACUUUGUUUUUCACAAAUGCACUUUUAAGUUUUCUUCCUGUUUCAUUAUUUCUGUAAAUGUUAUCGUUCAUUCAAUUUAUUAUAAUCAAAAAAAUCAUAUGAUAUAUUUUUAAUGUGAAAUGAGAUUUGCAGUAAUUUGAUAAAAAAAAAAAAGAGAUCUUUGUUUACGAAUGAAUGUUUGCUGUAGAUACGAUAAGUCUUUAAAAAAAUGUCAAGUAAUAUAGAAAAUUUGACCGUGUCGGAAAAAGAAGAAAGUGAAAUGAUGAAAAAAGAACUUGAAAAAGUGGGAAUAGACAAGCCAAACUAUAAUCUUAAUGACAUGAAGCAAAUUAUCAAUAUAAUACAUGAAUCUAGAGAAAUGGCCAGAACAGAAAACAAUUCAAGGAAUCAAAAGGAUUUACCAUAUUCUACUAAUAAUUCUGUACCAGAUGUAGCAAUUAAAGCAAAGUCAAUACAAGAAACAGAUAAUGACCGAUCAAAACCAAGUUGUUCAUACAAUAUAUAUCGUAAUAAUAGUUCAGAAUCAUCUAAUGUUCGUGAUAAGAAAAACAUUACAUCUAGAAGAAGGAGUUCAGAUGAUGAUGUCAGUGAUGAUGGUGCAGAUAAAUUUUUAUGUCGUCAAAAAUUUAAGAAUUCUAUGCAGGAAUGUUCUAAUUCACGUAUAGAAAGCAAAUCAGAACGUAAAAAAAAAUUGAUUAGAUGGCAAAUUAAUCCAUUAGAUUCUCAUUUUGAUCAGAACGAUGUGCCUUUACAACAACCAAGGCGACCUCCAGCUCAAGAGCGCAUACCUUUCAGAUUUUGUAAAGAUGCGCAUACAACUGAAAAAGGCAAUAAAAUAAUGAAUGAAUUGAGUAUUCAUUUGAAAGAAAUGGCAGAUCUAUGGUUCAGUUGCCAUGUUUCAACCCAAUUGAAGUUUCAAUGGGGGACACCCAUUCAGGUGGAUACUGAUAACAACAGUUUGGACAGAAAACCUCUCAUGGUUGCUUCUAAUUUCAAUGAAUUAAAAAAUAUAAGCAGUAAUUAUGACAGAGCUAACAAAAGGAAAGCUGCUUGGUUUACUAAUAAAGCAGUAUCAAGUUCCAGCAGUGAUGAUAAUGAUGAAAUGAGAUUUAGUCUUCUAAAAAAAACAAAAACUGAAGAUAAAAACAAAGUACGCAAAAUAUUGCAUAACAAGGAACCAAUAACUCAAGAAACAGAUUGUUUAAAGCAACAGUCUGAUAAAGAAGAUUUAUUAUCAAAUAAUAAUUUUAAUGUUAUUAAUAACAAUGAUACAGCUAGCAAAUGUAUAAAUGUAAAAUCUUUGCAAGGGCCUGAUGAAAGAGUGGUAUCUCCUAAUAUGUUAUCCAAUCCAAGAGUAGAGACACCUUUAAAGUCAAGUGAGUUUGAUAAAAAUAAGACACGAAGUACUUAUUUGUCAUUAAAAAAUCAUAAAGCUUCAAAUAAAAAUGAUGUAGAAAGUCCUAAUACAUCAAAAAAAGGAAGUCUAGAUCAUAAAUUGGUAACUAAAGAAGCAAUUGUAGAAUUGGAAAGAAUCAAUGACAAAGAUAAUGAAACAUUAUUAAACGAAGAUGUUGUUAUUAAACCAUUAUCUAUGAAAAAUUUUUCAACGCGAUUAGCAAAACAAUGUACGCAUUUAAAACAAGUUGAUGCUGAAAGAAAAAGAAAAAUACUUUUAGAUCAAAAGGAAGCUCAAAGAAAAGAGGAGGAAGAAAAAGAGAAAAGAAAACAAGAUUUUAUGAAAAGAAGAAUGCAAGAGAUGGAAGAAACAUUUAAAGAAAAAGAGAAAGCUCAAAGUAAAGAUAGAAAAAAGGAUAGGCUAGUAGAAGUCUUACAAUCUAGAAAUACAAGUCGAAUACAAAAAUUAAAGGAUCAAGAAAAAAAACAAAUAGAAAGGCAAAAUAAAGAAACUGUACUUCAGGACAAUGGCAAUGAAAAUAUAAUUGAAGAAAUGGCAAAGGAUAGUUAUUGUUUAGAAAAAAAAGUAACUUGUCCUAUCUGCAAUAAAUCCUUCCCGAGCAAUAAGAUAGAAAAUCAUGCAGCUAUGUGUGAUCAAUUCGAAAUGGAUAAUGAACCUGAACAAAACAGUAUUUAUUCUCCUCAAAACAGUAGAUAUGUAGUCAAAGAAAAAACUAAGAAUUCAAAAACGAUAUAUGAAUGUGAUAUUUGUUCUUUGUUUAAAACAGAAAAUGGCAUAGAUUAUGAAGAUCAUGUUAAUAAAUGUUUACAACAUAAACAAAAUUCUCCAUCUCGAGGUACUUCUAUUACAAUCAGUGUACCUGAUUCUCCUGUACGUUCUUAUCAACCCAUUAGUGAACAAAGAACUUCUAACAUAGAUUACAAUGGCCAAUUAAUUUCAGUAAGGAAAACACAAGUAGGUAGGAAGAGAAAACGUUUUUAUAUGCACAAUAUUGUUUAUAUUUAUUUUAAUUUCUUUUUUUUAGAUAAAUCUUCUAACAAAAAAUGCCAAGAAUUAGAUUUUCCUGCAGUUGUGCCAGGUGGCAUCUAUACAGAUUUAACUGCUGCACAUUUGAUAUCUAAUAACUUUCUAGCAAUAAAUGAUAUAAAACAUCGAUGGGUUGGUAAACAAACAGUUGUAUACAGCAAAAAUUUUACUGCAACAAAUACUUUUGUAAAUGGUUCAACAAUAGCCUUGAUAUUUCACGGACUCGAUACUUUUGCUACUAUUUUUUUGAAUGAUCAUAAAGUAGGAGAAACCUCUAAUAUGUUCUUAAAGUAUAUAUUUUAUAUAGAACAAUAUAUAAAGAUAGGGGAUAAUACUUUAAAAAUUGUAUUUGAUUCGCCUAUAAAAAUGGCAGAUAAUUUAUAUAAGAAUCAAAGUUUACAAUAUAUUGUUCCUCCAAAAUGUGUUCCCAAAGAAUAUAAUGGAGAGUGUCAUGUUAAUCAUAUUCGAAAAAUGCAAGCUAGUUUCUCAUGGGAUUGGGGUCCAGCUUUUCCUUCCAUGGGAAUUUGGAGAAAUAUUGAAUUAAUUUCUACUACUGAAGUUCUAGUUACAGACAUUACAACAGAUAUAUAUGAAAAAGAUAAUCUUUGGGAAAUUGUUAUAACAAUAUUCUUUGAAAUUUCUCCUAAUAGAAAAAGUGACACUAUUACGUGUAAUAUAACUUCAGAAUUAUAUAAUAUGAAUUCUAUAUAUGUUCAAAAUUCAUCUAAUAUAAUAUUACAAGUAAAGAAUAGAUAUGUUACUGCAUCAACUAUAUUAAAUGUGCAUUCGAAAUUGAUUGAUAGAUGGUGGCCAAAUGGUUUUGGCAAACAAAAUUUAUAUAUAUUAAAAGUUACUAUUACAACAGAAACCAAAACAUUAAACAAAUAUAUACGUAUAGGUUUCAGAACUAUAGAAUUAGUAGAAGAACCAUUAGAAAAAGGAUUAAGUUUUUAUUUUCGUGUAAAUGGUGUACCAAUAUUUGCAAAGGGAAGUAAUUUUAUUCCUGCAAGUAUAUUUCCUGAAUUAACAGCUAAAGAACAUGUUAUUAGGAACCUACUGCAGUCGGCUAAGGAUGCACAUAUGAAUAUGCUUAGAGUUUGGGGUGGUGGAUUGUAUGAAUCUGAUUUAUUUUAUGAUUUAGCCGACGAAUUUGGAAUUAUGAUUUGGCAAGAUUUUAUGUUUGCUUGCUCCAUGUAUCCUACAAGUGAAGAAUUUUUGAGUUCUGUUAAAAAGGAAGUUAUACAAAAUGUACGACGAUUAAAAAAUCAUGCAAGUAUAGUUUUAUGGGCAGGCAAUAAUGAAAACGAAGCAGCUUUAUAUAGUAAUUGGUAUGGAACUGGUAGAGAAGAUAUAUAUAAAAAUGAUUACAUUAAACUUUAUGUGAAUUUAAUUAAAAAAGAGGUGGAAAAAUCAGAUCCUACUAGACCUUUUGUUGUAUCCAGUCCAAGUAAUGGUUUAUAUACAAAAGAAUAUAAUUAUACUGGACAAAAUCCUUAUUCAAAUUUAUAUGGAGAUGUUCAUUAUUAUAAUUAUAUAAGAAAUGGAUGGGAUAUAAAUCAAUACCCAUGUUCAAGAUUUGUUUCGGAAUAUGGAUUUCAGUCAAUGCCAUCAAUUUAUACAAUAUUAACAGCUGUGGAAAAUUUUGAUGAUUUACGAAUGAACAGUAACUUUUUGAAACAUCGUCAACAUUUACCUUCUGGCACUGAAUUCAUGAAAUUUCUUAUUUCUAAAAAUUUUCUAAUACCAAAAUCAAAUAAUACAAUUCAAGAUUUUAUGGAUUUUAUAUAUUUAAGUCAAAUAAAUCAAGCUGUUUCUGUGAAAAUACAAACAGAAUCAUAUCGUCAAUCAAGAUCAGAGUUGAAUGCAUUAGGAGAAGGAUUUACGAUGGGAGCUCUUUAUUGGCAAUUAAAUGAUGUUUGGCAAGCUCCAUCAUGGUCUUCUAUUGAAUAUGGAGGAAGAUGGAAAAUACUUCACUAUUAUGCAAUAGAAUUUUUCUCACCUAUUAUCGUAACCUCUCGUUUAUCUCAAGCAAAUGAACUAUCAAUAUAUAUCGUUUCUGAUAAAUUAUAUCCAAUAAAUAAUUGUACUUUAAAAUUAAGUAUCUAUAAUUGGAAUUCGAUGGUACCUCUACAUGUACAUUCUAUAGAUAAUAUUAAAGUUGAGCCAAAUAAAGCGAUGCUAAUUACAUCAAUAUGGCUUGAUAAACUCCUUGAAGAAGUUAAAUGUGGAACAUUGGUAGAAGCAAAGAAAUUCUGUAUUAUGCGUCUUACACUUGAAGAUUAUAAUGCAUUACAAAUUGCUCCCAUUAAUUAUGUAUAUCCAACUGUACUAAAAGAUGUAAAUAUCCCAUUAGCCAAUGUCAAAAUAAAAAUUAAUACAAAUUAUCUACCAGGAAAAUUAUCAAAUUAUCCAGAUUAUGAAAUUGAAGUAUCCACUAAUAAUAUAGCACUUUUUGUUUGGUUAGAAGUAAAAUCCAUAAAUGGUCGUUUUUCAGAAAAUGGGUUUCACAUGUUUGAGCAAAGGAAAUAUAUAAAGUUUCAUGCAUAUGAAGCAAUUACGCCAAAUACAUUACAAAAAAAUAUACAAGUUACAACUUUCUCUGACAUUUACAAUUCAAAUAGAACUGUAAAUAUGUAUGAAUACUUUUAUGAUGGAGGAAAAUAAAUAUCAUAAUGCAAGUAAA